AUGUUUAUUGUAUCAUUAUCGUUUCCUCUACUCUUUUUGGGAUUUGUUAUCUACACUGCUAUACAAGAUCCUUUCUUAAAUGUCCAAUGCAAUUUCUCGGAUUUGGUUGGUUCUGAUGGGGAGGAUAUUUUAUUGAGUAUACAACUUGUACUAAUUUGCUUAACCCCGCUUUGUUAUAUUUUAAUGUUUUUUAAAUUAUUUUAUGAUCAAUGGAAAGGAAAAAGUAAUUCAUUAUUAAAUAAAAUACAGUUAACUCUCUAUUAUUGA